GAGAGGCGAAGCAACAGGAAGACUCUGAAAAUGCGAAAGCGUGCGCGACGAGAAGCCGCGAAGGCGAGUGGCACUCCCCUCCCGCCGAAACCUCGGCCUACCGUGAAAAUGGCCGAUUCUGCCUGCAAAACCCGUGUUGUUCUCGAUUGCGCUUACGAUCACAUGAUGUCGUUCAAAGAUGUUUGCAAGCUUGCUCACCAGCUGGCGCAUUGCUACUCGGAUAACAGGCACUUGCAGGCUCCUGUGCAAUUGUACAUCACGGGUCUGGGCUCUGCCUUUAAGGAUCGUCUUGGCGCCGAGGUUUGCAAGCCCGAUGAGAAGAGCACGCUCGCUCGACUUGAGAAGGUGGACGCCCAGAACUGGGAUGCUCACCUCAAAAUGGAAGACUACACUGAACUCUUUCCUGCUUCCUCGAUUGUUUAUCUGUGCGCUGAAUCGCCUUACGAAUUGCCCGACAAGUUCUUGCCUCCCUCGGAGUGCGUCUCCUCCGACACCAAGUGCACUUUUGCAUCCGAAGACGUCUACGUGAUUGGCGGGCUCGUGGACCACAACCACCACCGGGGAUUUUGCUACGAACAGGCCCAGAAACGCGGCCAUCGCACAGCCCGCCUUCCCAUAGACCGCGUUGGCGUCGAAUUAGAAGGCAGGAAAGUUCUCGCCAUUCUCCAUGUCUUCCAGGCGCUUGCCUCCGUUCUCUCCGGCUCCAUUCCUGAUUGGUCCGCUGCACUGAAUGCCGCUCUGCCCCCUCGCAAAUGCAAGGAACCAAAAAGAGAUCGUUCUCGUGUUACUGAAGCCCCACCAACCAUAGCCCCUCAAACCAAAGAACUUUCGUCACCUCGCCAUGUAAAAGGUUAA